CGCGCUCCCCUGGCAGCCGCUUAGCCAUGACUGGGGGCCGCGGGGUUCCCGGGCGCGGCCGGGAUGAACCUCAGGAGAGCUACCCGCAGCGGCAGGACCACGAGCUGCAGGCCCUGGAAGCUAUAUACGGAGCCGACUUCCAAGACCUGCGGCUGAACGCGUGCGGACCGGUCAAAGAGCCCCCUGAAAUCAAUUUAGUUCUGUACCCUCAGGGCCUAACUGGUGAAGAAGUUUAUGUGAAAGUGGAUUUGAGAGUUAAAUGCCCACCAACCUAUCCAGAUGUAGUUCCUGAAAUAGAGUUAAAGAAUGCCAAAGGUUUGUCAAAUGAAAGUGUUAAUUUGUUAAAAUCCCGCCUAGAGGAACUGGCCAGAAAACAUUGUGGGGAGGUGAUGAUAUUUGAACUGGCUUACCAUGUGCAGUCCUUUCUCAGUGAGCAUAACAAGCCCCCUCCCAAGUCUUUCCAUGAAGAAAUGCUGGAAAGGAGGGCUCAGGAGGAGCAGCAGAGGCUGUUGGAGGCCAAGCGGAAAGAGGAGCAAGAGAAGCGUGAAAUCCUUCAUGAGAUUCAGAGAAGGAAAGAAGAGAUCAAAGAAGAGAAAAAAAGGAAGGAAAUGGCUAAGCAGGAACGUUUGGAAAUUGCUAGUUUGUCAAACCAAGACCAUACCUCUAAGAAAGACCCCGGAGGACACAGAACAGCUGCCUUGCUACAUGGAGGCUCUCCUGAUUUUGUAGGAAAUGGUAAACACCGGACAAACUCUUCAGGAAGAUCUAGGCGAGAACGUCAGUAUUCUUUAUGUAGUAGUGAAGAUUCUCCUGGCUCUUGUGAAAUCCUAUACUUCUGCGUGGGUAGUCCUGAUCAGCUCAUGGUGCACAAAGGGAAAUGUAUUGGCAGUGAUGAACAACUUGGAAAAUUAGUUUACAAUGCAUUGGAAACAGCCACUGGCAGCUUUGUCCUGUUGUAUGAGUGGGUCCUUCAAUGGCAGAAAAAAAUUGGUCCUUUCCUUACCAGUCAAGAAAGAGAGAAAAUUGAUAAGUGCAAAAAGCAGCUUCAAGGGGCAGAAACAGAGUUCAACUCACUGGUGAAAUUGAGUCAUCCAAAUGUGGUUCGCUACUUUGCCAUGAAUUUCAAAGAGCAAGACAACUCCAUCACCGUGGACAUUUUAGUGGAGCACAUCAAUGGGGUCUCUCUCGCUACACACCUGAGUCACUUAGGCCCCAUCCCUGUGCAUCAGCUUCGCAAGUAUGCAGCUCAGCUCUUGUCAGGCCUUGAUUAUCUUCACAGCAAUUCUGUGGUGCACAAGGUCUUGAGUGCAUCGACUGUCUUGGUAGAUGCAGAGGGUACUGUGAAGAUUACAGAUUACAGCAUUUCUAAACGUCUAGCGGACAUUUGCAAGGAGGAUGUGUUUGAGCAAACCCGAGUGCGUUUUAGUGACAAUGCCCUGCCUUAUAAAACAGGGAAGAAGGGGGAUGUUUGGCAUCUUGGCCUUUUGCUACUCUCCCUGAGCCAAGGACAGGAAUGUGGAGAGUACCCCGUGACCAUCCCCAGUGACUUACCAGCCGACUUUCAAGAUUUCCUCAAGAAACAUGGUUUUAUAAACCCUCAGCCAAAAAUGCCUUUAGUGGAACAAAGUCCCGAAGAUUCUGGAGGACAAGAUUAUGUUGAGACCGUUAUACCUAGCAGCCAGCUUCCCAGUGCUGCAUUCUUCAGUGAGACACAGAGACAGUUUUCCCGGUAUUUCAUUGAGUUUGAAGAAUUACAGCUUCUCGGCAAAGGAGCUUUUGGAGCAGUCAUCAAGGUCCAAAACAAGCUGGAUGGCUGCUGCUACGCGGUGAAGCGCAUCCCCAUCAACCCAGCCAGUAGGCACUUCCGCAGGAUCAAGGGCGAGGUGACACUGCUGUCGCGCCUGCACCAUGAGAACAUCGUGCGCUACUACAAUGCCUGGAUUGAGCGGCAUGAGCGACCAGUGGGUCCAGGGACACCACCUCCAGACUCAAGACCCCUGCCCCAGGAUGGACAAGCUGCACAUGGGCAGCCAGAAAGUGACACCAACAAGCUGGACAGCUUGGAGGCUGCCGUGCCCCCUCCCAUCCUCACCAGCUCAGUGGAGUGGAGCACAUCAGCUGAGCGCUCAUCCAACGCCCGCUUCCCUGUAGCUGGCCCAGGCUCCAGCAGUGAUGAGGAUGAUGAUGAGGAUGAACAUGAUGGUGUCUUCUCACAGUCCUUCCUACCUGCAUCAGAUUCUGAAAGUGAUAUCAUCUUUGACCAUGAAGAUGAGAACAGUAAAAGUCAGAAUCAGGAUGAGGACUACAAUGAAAUUAACAGUUGCCAUGAAAGUGAGCCAUCGGUGACAACUGAGGCUGUGCACUAUCUGUAUAUACAGAUGGAGUACUGUGAAAAGAGUACUUUACGUGACACCAUUGACCAGGGGUUGUAUCGAGACACCAUCAGACUGUGGAGACUUUUUCGAGAGAUUCUGGAUGGAUUGGCUUAUAUCCAUGAGAAAGGAAUGAUUCACCGGGAUUUGAAGCCUGUCAACAUAUUUUUGGAUUCUGAUGACCAUGUAAAAAUAGGUGAUUUUGGCUUGGCAACAGAUCAUCUAGCCUUUGCUGCUGAUGGGAAACAAGAUGAUCAGGCAGGAGAUCACUUGAUAAAAUCAGACCCUUCAGGCCAUUUGACUGGGAUGGUUGGCACUGCUUUGUACGUAAGCCCAGAGGUCCAAGGAAGCACCAAGUCUGCAUACAACCAGAAAGUGGAUCUCUUCAGCCUGGGAAUUAUCUUCUUUGAGAUGUCCUAUCACCCCAUGGUGACAGCCUCAGAAAGGAUCUUUGUUCUUAACCAACUUAGAGAUCCCACGUCCCCCAAGUUUCCAGAAGACUUCAGUGAUGGAGAGCAUACAAAGCAGAAAUCUGUCAUCUCCUGGUUGUUAAACCAUGACCCAGCAAAACGUCCCACAGCCACAGAACUGCUGAAGAGUGAGCUGCUUCCCCCACCCCAGAUGGAGGAAUCUGAGCUGCAUGAAGUACUGCAUCACACGCUGGCCAACGUGGAUGGGAAAGCCUACCGCACCAUGAUGGCCCAGAUCUUCUCCCAGCGCAUUUCCCCUGCCAUCGAUUACACCUACGAUAGUGACAUACUGAAGGGCAACUUCUCAAUCCGUACAGCCAAGAUACAACAACAUGUGUGUGAAACUAUCAUCCGCAUCUUUAAAAGGCAUGGAGCUGUCCAGUUGUGUACCCCACUACUGCUUCCCCGAAAUAAACAAAUAUAUGAGCACAAUGAAGCAGCUGUGUUCAUGGACCACAGUGGAAUGCUGGUGAUGCUUCCUUUCGACCUGCGGGUCCCUUUUGCAAGAUAUGUGGCAAGAAAUAAUAUAUUGAAUUUAAAACGAUACUGCAUAGAACGUGUAUUUAGACCCCGCAAGUUAGAUCGAUUUCAUCCCAAAGAACUUCUAGAAUGUGCAUUUGACAUCGUCACUUCUACUACCAACAGCUCUCUGCCCACUGCUGAAACCAUCUAUACUAUCUACGAGAUUAUCCAAGAGUUUCCAGCACUUCAGGAAAGAAAUUACAGUAUUUACUUGAACCAUACAAUGUUAUUGAAAGCAAUACUCUUACACUGUGGGAUCCCAGAAGAUAAACUCAGUCAAGUCUAUGUUAUUCUAUAUGAUGCUGUGACAGAGAAGCUAACAAGAAGAGAAGUGGAAGCUAAAUUUUGUAAUCUGUCUUUGUCAUCUAAUAGCCUCUGCCGACUCUACAAGUUUAUCGAGCAGAAGGGGGAACUGCAAGACUUAACACCAACAAUAAAUUCACUAAUAAAACAGAAAACAGGUGUUGCCCAGUUGGUGAAGUAUGGCUUAAAAGACCUAGAGGAGGUUGUUGGACUGUUGAAGAAACUUGGCAUAAAGUUACAGGUCUUGAUCAACUUGGGCUUGGUUUAUAAGGUACAACAGCACAAUGGAAUCAUCUUCCAGUUUGUGGCAUUUAUCAGACGGAGGCAGAGAGCCGUACCUGAAAUCCUUGCAGCUGGUGGCAGAUAUGAUCUGCUGAUUCCCCAGUUUAGAGGUCCACAGGCUCUGGGGCCAGUUCCCACUGCGGUUGGUGUCAGUAUUGCAAUAGACAAGAUAUUUGCUGCUGUCCUCAACAUGGAAGAACCUGUUACAAUAAGCUCCUGUGACCUCCUGGUUGUAAGUGUCGGCCAGAUGUCCAUGUCCAGGGCUAUCAACUUAACCCAGAAACUCUGGUCAGCAGGAAUCACGGCAGAAAUCCUAUACGACUGGUCACAGUCCCAAGAGGAAUUACAAGAGUACUGCAGACACCAUGAAAUCACCUAUGUGGCCCUUGUCUCGGAUAAAGAAGGAAGCCAUGUCAAGGUUAAGUCUUUUGAAAAGGAAAGGCAAACAGAGAAGCGUGUGCUGGAGUUCGAUCUUGUGGACCAUGUUGUGCAGAAACUGAGAACUAAAGUCAAUGAUGAAAAGAAUAUCAGAGAAGCUUCCGAUAAUCUUGCAGUGCAAAAUCUGAAGGGGUCUAAUGCUUCAGGUUUGUUCGAAAUCCAUGGAGCAACAGUUGUUCCCAUUGUGAGUGUGAUAGCCCCUGAGAAGCUGUCAGCCAGCACAAGGAGGCGGUAUGAAACUCAGGUACAAACCCGACUUCAAACUACUCUUGCCAAUUUACAUCAGAAAAGCAGUGAAAUUGAAAUUUUGGCUGUGGAUCUACCCAAAGAAACAAUCUUACAGUUUUUAUCAUUAGAGUGGGAUGCUGAUGAACAGGCAUUUAACACAACUGUAAAGCAGCUGCUGUCACGCCUGCCAAAGCAAAGGUACCUCAAAUUAGUCUGUGACGAAAUUUAUAACAUCAAAGUUGAAAAAAAGGUAUCUGUGCUGUUUCUAUAUAGCUACAGAGAUGACUACUAUAGAAUCUUAUUUUAACCCUGAAGAACUCAUUACAUUGUUCAGACGGGCUUAUACUGGAAUAAUAGAAUGUUGUACAUUCACUGUCAUUUUAAAUUGACUUUAAAUUCUAAGAAAAUGCCCUACUUAGCUUUGUCAGUUUUUCAUGUGUAAUAUAAAUUUAUCUUUUUGGAUAAAAUAAAUGCUUUAUCAUAUG